UACUAAUACCAAUAUCGAACUAACCAAUAUAUUUAUUAGCUCAUUGGCAUUAUUCGAAUAAUGAACGGAUCGUAAUGACUGAAUAGGAGUCAGUCAGUUUGGUUGAUUUCGCUGUUACGAUGAUGAUGGUUAUUUGAUUCUGUCAAGAAUAUGCUUUAGUUUUUCCAUCAUCAGAUCACAUUAUUCCUACGAAUUGUUGACAGACAUAUUUGCUCAUAUAGUUCAUUGAUUAUAUUCUCAGAAUGUCGAAUUUGUGUCAGUGACGUUAAUUCAAAAAAAAAUAUGAUCAAACCAUUUAUGCGUUAUGAAUGAAUGUUGUGACUUCUCUUACGUGGAAUUCUUAAGUGAACUGGCCAUCUUACAUCUCAAAUCAUGAAAAUCUUGGAUACUUGGAAAUGUACAUUGUUGUUUCUAUUGACAAUUGCCGUCUACAGUACAUUAAUCUCGGCUUUGUUUUAUCAUGAACAUGUUAUACCAUCAUCGGAGAAACGUUUAAUUAAACAGCUGAUUGAUAAUUAUGAAAAAGCUGGUAAAAUUGGACGUCCAGUGAAAAACACAAAAGAUCGUGUUGUUGUCGGUUAUGGGCUAUCAUUAUUUCAAUUAUUGGAUUUAGAUGAAAAAAAUCAAAUAUUAACAAUCAAUGUUUGGGCAAAAUAUACAUGGAUUGAUCAAUUACUUCGUUGGGAUCCAGCUAAUUAUUCAAAUAUACGUGAAGUAAGAAUUCCACCAAGUGUGAUAUGGACACCAGACAUUGUACUUUAUAAUUAUGCUGAUGAACGUUUAAAAGAGAAACGUGAUGUUAUGUUAAAUGUUGAUUAUAUGGGUCGUGUAUUUUGGAGUCCACCAGCUAUAUUUAAAUCAAACUGUCCAAUUGAUAUAAAAAAUUUUCCAUUUGAUUAUCAACAUUGUUUUUUAAAGUUUGCAUCAUGGACAUAUAAUAGUGAACAAUUAGAUUUACAAUUUUUGGACAAUCGUACUGAAGUUGAUAUAGAUCAGUAUACAUCAAGUAAUGAAUGGUCACUUGUAGCGAGACCAGCAUAUCGAUUUAUUAUGUUAUCUGAUGAAUGUGGUAAAGAAAUACCGGAUUUAACAUUUUUCUUAUUUUUAAAACGUAAUCCUGCUUUCUACGGAUAUUUGUUGGUCUUUCCGUGUGUAUUACUGAGUGUGAUUACAACAGUGAUAUUUUGGUUGCCUCCACAAAUACCAGCUAAAAUGAUCCUUAGUAUGAACAUAUUUGUGGCAUUUUCACUAUUGUUAAAAAUACUCGCUGUUUCUACACCAUCAGCUUCAACAAUAGUACCUUAUCUGGGUUACUUUUAUUGUUUAAACAUGACAUUGCUUAGUUUGUCAACAUUUGCAUCGACAAUUGUUGUGCAUUUACACUUUCAACGUGUAAAGUCAAAACACGUACCACCAUGGCUCAUAAAGGUUGUUAGAUUUUUUGCAACAUUAUUGCAUGUUUCAAAACUGGAGCCACCUGUAGUAGCAGAUACAGAUCAAAAACUGAGUGUUGUUGAGGCACAAAUUAAAAAUGCCAAAAUGAAACAAAGUAUCAAAUCAGAAAAUUUACUUGAUACAUGGUCAUUAAAUCAACAAUUACCAUCAUCUAAUCCACAGUCAAGUUUGAUACAUUCUGCUGGCAUAGAUGCACAAUGGGAUUAUAAUAAAAUUUCUCCAGAAGAUUAUCCAUUAAAUCCUAAUGAAUUUCCUGUUAUACAAAAGCAACAACUUUUAAUGUUACCAGAUGGUUCAAGAAUAUCUUAUCCAACUAGUAUGAAUAACUGUCACUUUCCAAGUCAUCAUUCGAGUCAAAAUUAUCUACCGAAAAAGAGCAUUCCAUGGGGUGACUAUUCUAUGAAUCAGUCGAAUGAACCUGGAACAGCUAAGAUACAUGAUAAAAUGCUGAAGAAAUUUCAACAAUCUAAACAACAAUCAAGAAGAUCUACGAUUCAAUUAGAAUUCAAUUUGGGUGACUUAUGCAAGGCAUUAAAACAACUGAUGCUUAAAAUAGCUAAAAAAGAUGAAAUAGCUCAACGUGAUCGUGAAUGGCGGUUGGUAUUGAUGACUAUAGAUCGUUUAUUUUGUUGGUUCUAUUCCAUUGUGGUUAUUGUUGCAGGAGUGUACUUAUUAUUCCCUAGAGGACGUUCGCAUACGGUCAAUGAAAUUAUAGCAAUGCAUCAAGAAGCUUACGAUUUAAGAAAUCAAGCUGUUGCAAAACAGUGUAUGAUGGGACACUCUAAAACAGUAUAAUACUCUAAGCGAAACCGCAGAACUUAACCUUCCCAAUGAAAUCAUUUUUUUCGACCUUGCUAUGUUUCAUUAUUUUUAGUUCGUAAUCAAUCUCUUUGAUUUCAAGUGUUUAUCAUCUAGAAUCUUAAUUUAAAGGUUAAACAUUGUUCGUGUUACAUUUUUAAUUUAUUCUCCAUGUUUUAUCAUAUUGUUUACCUGAAGUAGAAAUGUUUUCCAAUCUGCUUAAAUCAAAUAUUCCGUCGUUUUUAACUGAAGCUAAGAAAUUCUUAUUUUCUAAAUUUGCUUAGUCAUUUACUCAGUAAAUAUUCAUAAUUUAAUUGUUUUCAUUUCAAUAAAAGGUUUAAAAUAAA